CAAACGCAGUGGCACGUGUCCAACAUGAAUUUGAUGUUUCGGAAGAACUUCAGCACCGAGAAGACGGUCUCGAGUGGCGGUGGAGGGGGCAAGGCCAAGGGGGCGCUGGGAGCGGGCAGGAAUGCGAAGCGACGGGACCGAGAGAGAUACUCGUGUAUGGAGGAACAUCACUACAGAACGCACCUGUUCUUCUCAGCACCUAGGGCCAGUACGCAGUAUAACGAUGGCUCAGGUAACUCGGGAAGUAAGGAUCAUUGUUCCAAUAAACGAUGUGGCCCAGUCAUCGGCGGUGGGACGGGGCCGGACCCGGAGCCCCCUCAGCCGCUGGUCACCAGGGAACCCACGGUGUCCCUCAUGCGGUGGGAGAAGCCGGCGACCACAGAACGAAGGCGAACCGAACCGGUUUCCUUGGCCACGCUGGAACGAGACUGCUUCGUGAUCCCUGCUCAUGCUUUAGAGCGGUUCCUGCCUGAUGGCGUCCCGUUACCUGUGCCCCCUCCCACGCCAGAGAAAGGAAUGGCGACGAAGAAUACCCAGAAUUCGCUCAGUAUUCUCGAAGUAGCCGAUCCGAAACUUUGUAUAUUAGCACAUUUAAUGAGCCCCUUAGAACCGAUAGAGCCUAUACUAGAAUCUCCACUUGCCAAACCGUUGAUCAAACAAAAAACUGCCGCAGGAGAACUGUUGAAUGACGUAGCUCAUGCUAACACAGCCGUAGGAGGGAUGUUGCUGGCUAAUAUGGAGAGGAACGCAGAAUUUCCAUUCAUAUCUUAUUAUGUGAUAAAUACAACGCAAACGGAUCCAUUACUGUUUUAUAAUAAUAUGAGAAGUGCCUCGCUGUCGAAGUUCGAUCCGAAAACAAUCAGAUACUCCGCUGCUCAUACGCUGGAUCUGUAUAGUGAAGUUGCGAUGAUAUGCAGACCUCCGUUCAAUGAUCUCGCCGGUGGACCAAAGAAAUCUCACACCCCUACUACGGGAUUUAUUAUUAGUGUUUAUAAGGUCUUCGAAGGUGAUGACGGGGAACGUUUCGAAAAAAACUGGCUGUACUGGACCGGAGCUCGCAUGAUCUACCGUCAUCUACCACAUUCAGUGGGAAUGAGAAAGAUCGCUCUACACAAAUCAGUUGCCGCACAUGGCGACAAAAUGUACUUAUUAGUCUGCGAGUGUGCCAACUUGUUGGACGAUUUGUCGGGCGCGGCCAUGUUGAUAACGGCUUUACGAGCUAGACUAUGCGGUUACACGGGUCUCUACAGACCUAUCCAAACAUUCUAGUAGAAGGAGACAGACCCUAGCUGGUAUUUUAGUUAUAAGGUUUAAGGGAGCACCAAUCAAGGAUUCGAGCUUUGGUAUGAUCAAGUUAUUUGGUUGGAAACAAGAUGCGUCAGUUGGUUUGCGAGUGUGCCAACUUGUUGGACAACAUAUUUUCAAGUUAAAAGAGAAGGUUUAGGAAGUUUUUUAAGACUUGAGCUUUGGUAUGUGCGUCAAUUGAGGAUCAUUGGAUUUAGAAAUGCUGAAUAGUAUUUAGAUUAUUGCAGAUUUAAGAAAUUCUUAUUGAAAUUUCAAAGGUUUACGAAUUGCUGUUGAUUGUUUUGCGCCAUUUUUUAGAAUUAGUAAAAGAUAAGAAAUAAUUUUGUAAUGAUAAAUUAUUUCUUCUCUAAAUUUAAAUAUUCAUAAUAUUGCGUUAUAAGGAAAAUAUUCAAUAUAAUGUUCAAUAGAACUCAAAUUAAAAAAUACAGCUAAACUUACACUUGAAAAGUUAUAUUUACAACAUUUAUUUCAAAUGCUAUUUAAAACUUUGUCAAGUCUUCCAUCUUUUGGGAAUGAAAAAAGCAAUUAAAACCAAAUAAUAGCCAUCCGAAUAAUAAAAAAGUAUAAACCAGUUUUAAAAAAUUGAAAUCAAUAUUUAGACGAUAUCACACGUAGGUAUUAUAAUACCAUAUAUGUGCAAAUAAUCAAAGAGGUUGUGUCUUUGUUUUUAUUCGAAAAAUAUAGUUUGACCUAUUAAUCAAUAUAUUAUGUAACUAUCUAAACAGUACUAUUAACUUGGAAAGAAAACUACGAAAGUGUAUGUAAAAAGUGACUUGGAAACAAGAAUAAACUUUUUAUAACAUUUUAAUACAGCGUACUACAAUCUGUAAACAUU